AUCAAGGCCGUCAAGGGUAGUGUCGAUAACAUCAGGGACCUUAAAGCGAAGUCAACUUGAAAGGCCAGGACCGGAUGCGGUGAGUGUAUCUCAUUGGAAACGGAUGUUUUCAGGUCAGAGUCCAAGGAACCUGAUUUAGAGACGAACAAUAACUUCUGCCAACGUCUCGCGCUGAACUUUUACAGAUAAAGUGGCUGAAGGAUUUCCCAACUGUCAUGAAGACCCUUGGCACGAACAAGGAUGCUAUGGUUGCGGGCUCCGUCGUGUCCAUCCCCAGUUUACAAUGGUCAUUUGGGUAUCCGCUUCUUUCCCCCUCAGGCAGUGCAGAGGCAAGAAGUAUAUGAUCCAUGUAUGGAGCGAGUUUAUUGAAGCUGGUUUCAAAGUGGGCAUGCUUGUGGGUAAAGCGCUUCGCGCCAUCAAGUCAUGUGUUGGAACCACAUGGUGCCGUUAUGUAGUUGACGAUUCAGUUGGGCGCAAGGAGUCCGCAUUCCCACUAGUUGAGCGAUAUUCAUGUGAAUACGGCAGUCUGACGGAUAUUCCACCCUCGUAAGUGGUGAUGUACUACAUUCGUACCGCCGAUAAGCUGCAAUGGACAGCACGCUGGGCAGAGAAUUAAGUAUGAAGGCAGCAUUGGGAGGUCCUUAUCGAUGGGAACCACGAACGCGGGUAUACUGAAGUUGUACGCAAUCCUCAAC